CGCAGGCGAUGGGGGAUGGAGCGGGAGGAGGAGGAGGAGGAGGAGGAGGAGGAGGAAGGAGCGGGGGCUGCGGCUGAGGAAGGAGCGGCGGCUGCGGCCGAUGGUGACGAUGAGGAUGAUGAUGAUGAGGAUGAUGAGGAAGGCGUGGCGCGGCGCUUCCUGGCGCUCCAGCGCGCUCUCUCCGAGCGGCUCCGGGCGCUGCCGCCGCCGGGCCCGCCCGUGGCCGUGGUGUACGCGCCGCUCGAGUACGCGUGGGAGCCGCACCGGAGCUUCGUGCGCCGCUUCCUGCGCUCGCCCAAGGCCGUGCUGUUCCUGGGCAUGAACCCGGGCCCCUUCGGCAUGGCGCAGACCGGGGUGGGUACCCCAAAAACCCCAAACAAACACCCCAAAAACCCCAAACACACACCCCAAAAACCUCCGGGCAUGAACCCCGGGGCCGUGCUGUUCCUGGGCAUGAACCCGGGCCCCUUCGGCAUGGCGCAGACCUGGGUGCCGUUCGGCGAGGCGUGGCACGUCCGCGAGUGGCUGCGGGUGUCGGGCCCGGUGCGGCGGCCGCCCCGCGAGCACCCCAAGCGCCCGGUGCUGGGGCUGCGCUGCCCGCGGGCCGAGGUGAGCGGCGCCCGCUUCUGGGGGCUCAUCCGCAGCCUCUGCCCCGACCCCCGCGCCUUCUUCCGCCACUGCUUCGUGCACAACCUCUGCCCGCUGCUCUUCCUCGCCGCCUCGGGCCGCAACGUGGCGCCGCCGGAGCUGCGGGCGGCGGAGCGGGAGCGGCUGCUGGCGCCGUGCGGGGCCGCGCUCGCCGCCGCCGUGCGGGCGCUGCGGGUGCGCCUCGUGGUGGCGCUGGGCCGCGUGGCCGAGCUGCGGGCGCGCCGGGCGCUGCGGGACGCGGGCAUCGCCGUGCCCGUGGCCUGGAUCCCGCACCCGUCCCCGCGCAACCCCCGCGCCAACCGCGGCUGGGAGGGCGAGGCGCGGGAGAGGCUGCGGGAGCUGGGGGUGCUGCGGCUCCUGGGGGUGCGGGACGGCGGGGAUGGAGGGAUGGACCUGUUGGGGACCGGGGAAAAUGGGGCUGGGGCAUCCCUGGACCAGUUUGGGACUGGGGAAAAUGGGGCUGGGGCAUCCCUGGACCAGUUUGGGACUGGGGAAAAUGGGGCUGGAGCAUCCCUGGACCAGUUUGACCAGUUGGGAACUGGGGAAAGUGGAGCUGGAGGGGGCCUGGACCAGUUUGGAACUGGGGAAAAUGGGGCUGGGGCAUCCCUGGACCAGUUUGACCAGUUGGGAACUGGGGAAAGUGGAGCUGGAGGGGGCCUGGACCAGUUUGGAACUGGGGAAAGUGGAGCUGGAGCAUCCCUGGACCAGUUUGGGACUGGGGAAAAUGGAGCUGGGGGGUCCCUGGACCAGUGGGGGACUGGGAGAGAGGGGGCUGAGGGGGGACUGGACCAGUUUGGGACUGGGGAAAAGGGAAUUAGGGAGUCCCUGCCCCAGUUUGACCAGUUGGGAACUGGGGGGAAGGGGAUUAGGGGGUCCCUGCCCCAGUUUGACCAGUUUGGGACUGGAGAAAAGGGGAUUAGGGGGUCCCUGCCCCAGUUUGACCAGUUUGAGACUGGAGAAAAGGGGGUUGGGGAGGGCCUGGACCAGUUGGGAGCUGGGGGGAUGAGUGUCGGUGGGGCCCUGCCUCAGUUUCACCAGUUUGGAACCGGGGGGAAGGGGAUUAGGAGGUCCCUGGACCAGUUUAGGACUGGGAAAAAGGGGGUUCGGGGGUCCCUGCCCCAGUUUGGGAACUGGGGAGAAGGGGAUUGAUGGGGCCCUGCCUCAGUUUCCCCGCUCAGAGCAGGGUUUAGGGCAACACUACAGGGCAGAGGGUGAACCCCUGCCUCAGUUUCCCCGCUCGGGGGUGGUGCUUAGGGGGCGGGGGAUGGGCCCUGCCUCAGUUUCCCUUUAGGAAAAAGGGGGGGGGGGGGGGGCUCGUGGGUCCUUUUCCUGUGCAAUUCUGGAAUUAAUAAAGGCGAGAAUUGGUAAAAGAAAGCAAGGAAAGAGUCAUUGUGGAGAACCAACCAACUUCCUUCCUUCCUUCCUUCCUUCCUUCCUUCCUUCCUUCCUUCCUUCCUUCCUUCCUUCCUUCCUUCCUUCCUUCCUUCCUUCCUUCCUUCCUUCCUUCCUUCCUUCCUUCCUUCCUUCCUUCCUUCCUUCCUUCCUUCCUUCCCAAAAAUCCCCCCCCCCAAAUCCCAAUUUUUAGUAGUUUUUGGUAAAAAGGUUAAAACAUGAAAAUGCCGAGGUAAAAACGUGGAAGAUGCUGAGGUAAAAACAUGGAAAAUUAGAAAGUUAAAACAUGGAAAACGCUGAGGUUAAAACGUGGAAAAUGCUUGGAAAAAGUUAAAACGUGGAAAAUGCUUGGAAAAGGUUAAAACAUGGAAAAUGUUAAGGUUAAAACGUGGAAAAUGCUGAGGUUAAAACGUGGAAAAUGAUUGGAAAAGGUUAAAACAUGGGAGAUGCUAAGGUAAACACAUGGGAAAUGCAAAGGUUCAACAUGGAAAACGCUUGGAAACGGUUAAAAUGUGGAAAAUGCUGAGGUUAAAACGUGGAAAACGAUUGGAAACGGUUAAAACGUGGAAAAUGCUGAGGUUAAAACGUGGAAAACGAUUGGAAACGGUUAAAACGUGGAAAAUGCUGAGGUUAAAACGUGGAAAACGAUUGGAAACGGUUAAAACUGACAGGCGGGAAACGUGUAACCUCUAAAGUGCGCUGAACUUCAACAAUGUAACAAACUUGUAACAAACUUGUAACAAACCUGUAACAAACUUGUAACAAAUUUGUAACAAACUUGUAACUGUGUUUGACAAACGGAAAGUUAACUGUCUCUAA